ACAGUAAUAUGGGGAGUAAUUACAAAGCAAAGGUAGUAAAAGAAGAGGUAUUGUAUGUUUAUGGGCAAUGGCGGGAAUGAUUGCAGCGACAGGGUCGUGUGUUUUCUGUAACAUAGCCACCAAAUCCAACUCCAAUACCAUUCUCCACUCUGAUGAUAAGGUUGUUGCUUUUCGGGAUAUUAAUCCAUCUGCUUUCAGGCAUUACUUAGUGGUUCCUGUGGAGCACAUUCCUACUGUUAAAGAUCUUCAGAGAAGAACUGAAGAUUAUUCUUUGGUGAGUCAUAUGUUAGAUGUGGGGAAAAUGUUAUUAGUCAGAGAUGCACCUCACUCAAAGCAAUACAGAUUUGGCUUUCAUCAACCUCCACUGAAUUCUGUUAACCACCUACACCUCCAUUGUAUGGCGCUACCAUAUACACCCAGGGAUAAUAUGAACAUUUACUUUGGGAAUGAGUAAAACCGUUUUGGUAAAGAGCAGAAUUCAAAAAAGUACUUAGAUGAACUGUUUUUCUCUUUAGUUGUCUCUUUCUAUGAGCCUAUUACAUACGCCAUUGGAAUAGUGGCUCUAAUGGAGUGGAGGAGAAGUGGGGGAGAUUGUGACAUGCAGUUCCAGUAUGGACGGGUUAUGUCCUAAUUGUGGGUUGUACCUUUUAGAUUAUUGCUUGAAUUGUCUAAAAUUUGAUAGAAUUGAUUUGAACAAUUGAAACCAAGAGAAAUAGAGGUUAAAAAAAUUGAUUUUGCUUGGAUGGUAAUAAUGUUAUCUUUUGACGCUAGCAAGGGCUGUUAUUCAAACAUGCUAUUAAAGGUUUUGUUUCUCCAACCCACUUGGUUGGCUU